AUGGAUAAAACAAAUAAAACAUCUGCGGCAAACCUACUUUUAAGACAGUAUCGGGAACUUACAGAUCCGAAAAGGGCCAUUCCUUCAUUCCAUAUUGAAUUGGAAAAUGACUCUAAUAUAUUCGUUUGGCAUAUUGGUUUCAUAAUUCUCAACGAAGAUUCCAUAUAUAACGGUGGAUAUUUCAAAUCAGAAAUGAAAUUCCCAUCAAAUUUCCCAUAUUCUCCUCCACAUUUCAAAUUCGUACCACCAAUAUAUCAUCCAAACGUUUAUAAAGAUGGUAAAUUAUGCAUAUCAAUAUUACAUCAAAGUGGUGAUUCUAUGACAAGUGAGCCAGAUAAUGAAACGUGGUCUCCCGUACAAAGUGUAGAGAGCGUUCUCAUUUCCAUUAUUUCGUUAUUGGAAGAUCCAAAUAUUUCAUCACCAGCUAAUGUGGAUGCUUCCGUAGAGUACAGGAAGAAUUUUCAAGAAUAUAAAAGGAAAGUCAGAUUACAAGUGGAAAGAUCUAAACAAGAUAUACCUGAAGGUUUCAUAAUGCCCACAUCUACGUCGUCUGCUUAUGUUUCAAAGAAAAAUGAUUAUUUGAUGCAGAAAUUGAAUGAAAAGGAAAAUGAAAUACUUACAUCUGAUUUGACUGAUGAUUUCUGGAACGAAGAAAAGGAACUAGAUAGUUUGGAUGAUAGCGAAUACGAAGAAGAACCAUUAUUGUUCGAAGAAGAUUGA